AUGCUGUUCAAACUUGUUGCCCUGGUGCUUGUGGCCAUCUCGGCAAUGGCUACCGCCAUUCCAGUGCCUGAAGACGAACCAAACGUCAAGGCCACGGACCGGCUGGUUUUCUGUCAUUUCAUGAUCGGUAUCUGCAGCAACCGCAAUAGUCCUGCCGACUACGAUGACGACAUGAAGCGUGCAAAAGCAUUGGGAAUCGAUGCAUUUGCUCUGAACAUCGGUGUAGACCCCUACACUGAUCAACAGCUCAAUCUGGCCUACGAAUCGGCCGCCAACAAUCAAAUGAAGGUUUUCAUUUCUUUUGACUUCAACUGGUAUAACACUGGACAGGCCAGUGCCGUUGGUCAGAAGAUCAGGCAGUAUGCUAGCCGGCCUGCGCAGCUCAAGGUUGACGGUAAGGUCUUUGCGUCUUCGUUUGCUGGCGAUGGUCUCGACAUUGGUCAGAUGAAGUCGGCCGCCGGCUCGGAUGUUUUCUUUGCCCCCAACUUCCACCCAGGCCAGGGUGACUUCAAUGCCAUCGAUGGCGCGUUGAAUUGGAUGGCUUGGGACAAUGAUGGUAACAAUAAGGCGCCGAGCCCCGGGCGUAAAAUCACUGUCGCUGAGGGCGACGCUUCGUAUGUCAAUGCGCUGAGGGGCAAGCCUUAUAUUGCACCCGCUUCCGGGUGGUUCUUCACCCACUUCGGGGGUGAGGUGCCCUACAGCAAGAACUGGGUGUUCCCUGGUGAUCUCCUGUGGUACAAUCGGUGGCAGGAGAUCUUGAACCUCGGACCUCGCUUCAUCGAGAUUGUCACCUGGAACGAUUACGGCGAGUCACAUUAUAUUGGACCGCUGGCAUCACCUCAUACAGAUGAUGGAGCAUCCAAAUGGGUCAUGGAUAUGCCACACGGCGGCUGGCUCGAGAUGUCCAAGCCUUACAUCGCUGCCUACAAGGCCGGUGACAAGAACGUCAACAGCUACAUCACAGACGAGAAGCUGGUCUACUGGUACCGACCGACCCCAAGGGAUCUAAACUGCGACGCAACCGACUCGACUAUGCAAGGGAACCCCAACAAUUCCAGCGGCAAUUUCUUCCGCGGCCGACCGAAUGGCUGGGAGACCAUGAAGGACGAGGUCUUCGUAGUGUCCCUGCUCAAGUCCCCAGCGACGGUGGAAGUCACCUCCGGACAGAACAACCACAAAUUCGAGGCUCCAGCCGGGGCCAGCGCCUUCACGGUCCCCAUGGGGAUUGGGCAGCAGAAGUUCUCGUUUGCGCGCGACGGCAAGACGGUGCACGGCGCCACCAGCUUGAAGAAUAUCGUCAAUAGUUGCAUCUGCGGACUGUACAAUUUCAAUCCCUACGUGGGCGUCGUUCCACCCGAGGGAGGGCCCAUUGACAAACUUCAGCCCGCAGGGCUCACAAUGUUGCAGCAGGGAUUGAACGCUCCAUGUCCUACCAAUACUUUGGGCCAAGAUCCACCUCGUGCUACCUGA